AUGGUUACUUUCACUCAAACCAAGGAAAACCAGCAAUGGCACACCCUCGAAGAUGGCUUCGACAACCUCACCCGCGGCACGGCGCCCAUGCCUGUCCCGGGUCAAGAUGAGGUGUUGGUUGAGAUCAAGGCUGUUUCGUUGAACUAUCGUGAUACAGAGGUCUGCAACGGCGAAUACAACCACCACAGAACCCUCUCCAAACGCACCGACCCGCUAGUCCCCUGCUCCGACGCCCUCGGCGUCAUCGUCGCCGUCGGCCCUGGCGUUGCCGACUCCACCUGGAAAGUAGGCGACCGCGUCCUCUCCACCUUCAACCAAUCCCACCUCUCCGGCCAGAUCAAGGGCGCCGACAUGGCCUCCGGCCUCGGGAAGCCUCUAGAUGGCGUAUUGCAGACUUACCGCGUUUUUCCCUCCACGGGCCUGGUCAAGGCCCCAAAGUACUUGAGCGAUGAAGAAGCCAGCUGCUUGCCCAUCGCUGCGGUAACAGCCUGGAUGGCCAUUUUCGGCAUGGAACCCUUCGGUACCUGGUCUAAGCACGACGGGAAGCCAUUGAAGGGCAAGACUGUUGUGCUCGAAGGCACCGGCGGCGUGGCCGUCGCGGGGUUGCAGAUUGCCAAAGCCGCGGGCGCUACCACAAUCAUCACCAGCUCGAGCGAUGAGAAGUUGCGGAGAGCCAAGGAGGAGUUGGGCGCUGAUUACGUGAUCAACUACAAGACCACGGAGAACUGGGAGGAGAAGGUGAUGGAGAUUACCAAGGAAAACGACGGGGCGGAUAUUAUUUUGGAAACGGGCGGCGCGGGCACAUUGUACGAGGCGCUGGAUUGCAUUGCGUUUGGCGGGUUGAUUUCUUGCAUUGGGUAUACCUCUGGUAAGGAGGAUAAGGGCGAAGGCAACAGGAUGAACCUGAACUUGUUGGCGCUGAGGAGGAAUGUGACGCUCAAAGGCAUCAUUAAUGGGCCAAGGGACCGGUUCGAGGAGAUGUGCGAGUUUUAUGAGAGGCAUCAGAUUAGGCCCGUCGUAGACAAGGUGUUUGGGUUUGAGCAGGGCGGCGAGGCGAUCAAGUACUUGAGGAGCGGAAGUCACUUUGGUAAGGUGGUUGUUAAGGUGCAGUAG